AGUCCACUGGUAAAAUUCCGAGAAUUGUGAACUGCGUCUUCUCAGAAGAGUUCUUCCAAGAACUGUCUUCGGUGGACACUUCCAAGAAAAAUACACCAGGUGAAUGAUGUUGAGUGCAGCAGACGGCUGCAUUAAGUUCACUCGCCAUGCUGGUGAUGUGCUGUUCAACUUCAACCGCCUCCGCAGCAGAAACAUCCUGACCGAUGUCACCAUUGUGGUUGGUGGGCAGCAGUUUCGGGCCCAUAAGACAGUUCUGAUGGCAUGCAGUGGCCUCUUCUACUCCAUGUUUGCAGAUGCUUAUAAAAGUACCUUGAGCAUCAUAAGUUUAGAUCCAAAGGUGGACCCUGAUGGCUUUGCCAUAUUGUUGGAGUUUAUGUAUACAUCUUGCCUUACACUUAAAGAUAACUUCAUUAUAGCCACCCUCAACACAGCCACAUACUUACAGAUGGAGCAUGUGAUUGACACAUGCCAGAGGUUCAUAGACUCCAGGGGCUUGUGUGUAAAGCAGAGCAGAGCAGAGAUGCUGGUUAAUCACGGCAGAAUUAAUUCAUCUUCAGAAGCUCCCUUCCUCCUCAGCGAUGCCCUGAACACCCAAUCCAGCAUGAACUUCAGCACUUAUGGUACUCCCAGCACUUCCACAGAAAGCCCUUCUCACUUCUACAGACAUCUGCCUCUCCCCAUGGACACCUCCAAGACCACAAACCCCCUUUGGCAGAUCCCGAAGACGAGUGUAAUAGCCCAUCAGCAGCACUCCCUGCCAGACAGCGGAGUCUCGGCUCGGACCGAGACUAACGGAGGAUCCACGGAAGCCAGAGAAGAGAGGAACCGUCCAUCUGUGCUCUUACAUUCAGCUCCAGCUGAAAGAUACAGGAAGACCCCUCUUCUGAAUUCAGAGGUGGAGAACACUGAGCCGUGUCACAGCAGCGGCCCCAAGAGCCCUCUCAGAUCCGACUGCCAACCCAACUCACCCGCAGAGUCCAGCAGCUGCAGUCGAGGAGCGGCGUCUCCUCCCUGCUCCAUCAGUCACCCCAAGAUCCGCAACUGGAAGAAGUAUAAGUUCAUUGUGCUGAACUCCACAGAUGGAGCGACUGACACCAGCUCACUCACUCCAUCCCACACGGUUACAGAAUCCACCCACAAGAACAAUGAAGGCAGAGAGCAGCUCAUUUUGGAUAGCAGCUCUACAGAUGAAUGCAUCAAAACAGAAGAGCGUGACUUUUCGCUUCCCAACACUUUGGCCGAGGAGAGCAGCGUGGGAGCCACAAGAUCAGAGCGGGACAGACUCUACUGUAACGAGUGCGAGUCCAAGAGCGAAUCUGACGCAGAGAAGCCGCGGUGGCUACAGGAUGGAAAAGCGUACAAAUGUGACUGCUGUCAGGCCAUGUUCUGCUAUAAUGGAAACCUAGCGAGCCCCAAGACCAUCCACACUGGAGAGAAACCGUAUCGCUGUAACGUGUGUGGAGCUCAGUUCAACAGACCUGCCAAUCUGAAGACACACUCACGGAUCCACUCAGGAGAAAAACCAUACAAAUGUGAAACCUGCGGCUCGCGCUUUGUCCAGGUGGCUCAUCUGAGGGCUCACGUACUGAUCCACACCGGAGAGAAACCGUACCCGUGUGACACCUGCGGCACACGCUUCCGCCACCUUCAGACGCUGAAGAGUCACUUACGAAUCCACACGGGAGAGAAACCUUAUCAUUGUGAGAAUUGUGACCUGCACUUCCGUCACAAGAGUCAGCUGCGUCUGCAUCUGCGACAAAAGCACGGUGCCGUCACAAACACCAAGGUCCAGUAUCGCAGAAGCAGAACCUCUUGAAAAAACAUGAAGCUAUUUCGAGACUCGACCGAAGCAUUUUCAAUUCCUUUAGUGGUACAGCCACAAGAAAAGCCAUCAGAACAUACAGAUGCCUGCAAAAGUGUUUACUCUUAUGGUGACGUUACAUAUUAUCUCUUAAAUAUGGACUAGUUAACCAGCACAUUCUGCAUGAUUUCACCCAAAUAUCAUGAUGUACGUCAAGUUCUCGUUAGAUUGAGCAUAAUUUUAUCUCUAGUAUUUAUUUUUAUUAAGAAUGCUAUUUCACUCCCUCUCCAAUCAAACUAUGCACUGUAUAUAUA